AUGGUCCAUAUCUGGUUUGACACAUCCCCCAUGCUGGGAACAAUCGUCAUGAAUCUUGAGGCGACAGCUCCUAAUCGGAAUGUCCAUCUAUUCGACGGCCAUGGCAAAUACCUCGCAGGAAUGCGAAUCCGAACUGAAGACCGAUACGUCACCAAUUCCAACUUGUACUCCAUGUCCGCCAUCGUCCUCGAUCUAGAAGAUGCGGGAUCUUCAUCUCCACGAUGGGCAAUCUAUCGCCUUGCCAAAUCCAGCCGAACGAAAAACACCUGGUCUGUGAAACGAAUGCUCCCACGAGACAAUCAGUACGUGGAUGUCGGCAACUACGCCGUGCUGACCACCAACGCCUCGUAUCUGCGCGUGCAGCAAACCCCGGAAAAAGCCAUGCACCGGUGCGUUUCUCCCGAAGGGAAGACCGACCCCAACAGCCUUCACACCAAAUUCCGCGAUAAGGUCCGAGACCGCGAUGGAGCGUGCAUGAUCACCGGAACCCCGCAUCCUGAAGGCGAAGACUGGGGCGGUUACGAGAGCACACAUAUAUGGCCUCUGGCGAGGGAGGGUACGUGGAACGCAACGCCUCAACUCCACGGGUGGAUCACAGACACCGCUCCUGCGGCUGAGAUUGGAGGCUCGCGUCUCUUCUCGCCGCAGAACGGCAUCUUGAUGAAAAGUGAUUUGCACACGAGAUUCAUCGUCUACAAGUUCUCCAUCAAUCCGGAUGACGGCUACAAGGUUACCUACUUUGGCCAGGAUGUCGAGCGUAUUGGCGGUCGCAGGCUCCAGCGGAAUGCGCUGGAUCCCGCCAACCCACAGCACCGGGUCAGCGACGGGCUUUUACGGUGGCAUUUUCGCCAGGCCGUGCUGAAGAACAUGAAGGGGGUGCCGGAUGUGUGGCCUGAUUGGGAGUUUGAUCUGGCUGGCGAGAGCCUGCUGGAGAUCAUCAAGAGAGGGCCAGAUGCUGAGGAGAGGAUGGAGUUGGAACUGUUUGGUCGACUGGCGGGGUGGGAAGAGGUCUCGAACGAGACUUAA